CGAGCCCCAUCUGCCAGAAAGUUUUACUGACGGCAGGAACUGGGAACCAAUUUUAAACGCAAUCCUAAGAGAGAAAAGGUUCAGGAAAAAGUAGGAGUAUAAUCAAUAAACUAGACAUGAUGGUCAAAGGACCAAACGCACGGCAGAGCCGUGCUAGUUCCUCUGCUGGGGAUGGAGAAGUGACUACUACCGUGGUUCUUCGAGAGAUGUUGAACCGAAUAGAGGCCAUGAAGACCGGGAUGGACACUAUGAAUGUUCGUCUAGACCUUCCGAGAGCUAAGGUACCUCCAGAGAACAUACCCUGCUUUGAUGGAACCAAGGUUAGGGAGUUCCUGGAAGACUAUGAUGUCUUCGGUACGAGCCAUGGUUGGUCGGAUAAACAGAAGCUGAAAGAUCUGCUAGCCUAUGUUGAGCCUAAGAUGAGGGUGUCGGUAACAAAAACGACACAAGGGCUGACAACGUGGACGGACGUAAGGCAAAAGAUGCUGGAAGAGUACGCCAAGUAUGACGUCCCAACAACCGUGCAAAAUUUGUUGGAUGUACGACGUUCCAAGUACGCUACCCUCGAUCAAUUCUUAGAGGAUUUUGAGAGGGUUGCGCGGAGGGUACCCUUCCUAGAUGAGGCACAAAAAUGUCAUGUCCUACUGACUAACUUCGUGGAGGACGAAAGAAAGAGUGUGGUAAGUCGCGCUGCUCAUGACCCUCUGAAAUGGGAUGAAGUGGUUGAGAUGGUCCGAGAGCUACCUUCGGUGUCAAACCGGAAAUGGUCUCUGGAACAGAUGAAACUAAUCACUAGUGCAAGAGAAGGGAAUGUUGAGGCAGCUACGGGAGGAAACUUGAAGGCAAAGGGGAUCCUUGGUCUUCUUGUUAAGCUUGGUAGCUUCGAAAAGUUAACCCUUCCUGUCCCAGCAACUCAAGCACUUGUUGGAGCCGAAGAAGGUAAGGAAGAAAGAAAGAAGGAGAAGCAAAAGGAAGAGAGUGAGAGUGAGAGCGAAAAUAGUGAUGAGGAAGACGUUAGGCGAAGGAGAAAAGAGAGACAAAAGAAGAAGCGCGACCGGGAUUGGAAGAAAGAUAAUAGGAACCGAGAUUGGCAAAGGAGAGAUGACCCUUUCCGAUGUUAUUAUUGUGACGAGGAAGGCCAUACUCUAACCCGGUGUCCGACGUUAGAAAAGGAGCUCGAAGAAGGGAUUGUGAAGAAAAACGCCAAUGGGCACAUCUGUGAUGCCAACUCGAACAAGGUAGAUUUCCGAGUCAAAGAAGGAAUGCGAGCAGUUAUCCUAGAAAAGGCUAAGACCAAUAAGGAUAAAAAGAAGAAGGCUAGGGUUAAUGUUGUCACCUUUGACAGUAUGCUACCUUCGGAGAUAGUGGCUCGAGACGACAGUCCUGAAAAUCAAAACCUGAACGUAUCCCAUAUCAGCCAAAGACAGGUUGAAGAGAAAAAGCGGGAGAAGGCUCAAAGGGAGCUAGACCAGCUGAUUGAUGGGACCAAGGACCUAGUAAAGGAAGGGAAAGGAAAGGAAGCUGCCGGGAAAAAGAGGAAGGUGGUCUUGAGAUCCGAGGCCGAGGAAGGUGUCUCGAUAGAUGAAGUAGUAAAGAAACUACUUGAAGAAACCGAGAUCACUCUAUCCUGGAAGGAGGCGGUCGCCUUGGUGCCAAAGUUUAGAGAAGAACUUGAAAAGAUGGUUGAGAGGCGGAAGGUAGAAGUCAAUAGUCUAAGACUCUUCCCCCAGCAUGUGGAAAGAGCCCCGCCUGGUACCAAGAUGAGGUUUGGUAACAUGUCGUGUGGGUACUUGAAUAUCUCCGUAAACGACGUGAAGGUUAGAGUCCUAGUGGACUCUGGGGCCGAGAUGGUGCUUAUGUCCUCGGCCACGAUGAGAUCAUGUGGGCUUGGAAUAGAUAGGAAAGCCAAUCACCAACUCUCUAAUAUAGCCGGAUUUCUACCAUUGGAAGGAUUCAUUGAUGACUUGCCUAUUCGAAUUGGAACUUUACGGGCCGAGAUCCUCUGUUUUGUGGUCCCCAACUUGGAUCAUGACUGCAUUCUCGGAGCCCCUUUCCUGCAUAGAAUGGAGGUUUGUGCGUUCUUUGGUCAUGAUGGGGCGGCUUGGCUUUCGCUCCAGGACCCUAACAAUGGUCAAGAAUAGGCUUUUGUGAUAAGUGACAGGCAUCAUCAUUGUCAUCAGCGACAUGUUAAUUCUUUUAAGCAUGGAGAAUCUAACAAGUUGAUUGAGAAAGUACGAGCAAAGUUGAAAGAAAGUGAGAUAGUAGACGAGAAGACAACGAUUAGAGUAAAUGAUAUCGGUAAGA